CGGGAAGGAGGGAGGGGUGAGUCCCACGCGGAAGUCUGGUAAGAGCGCUGGGCUGUGACAGCGGCACUCGGGUUCCCCUCGCAGACCGCGGCGCACCGCGCGGCCACCAGCAUGCAGGGUGAAGAGCGCUUCCGGACCCUGGUGGGGAACGAAGGGGACAGCUUCCCUCUGAUGGAGACCAAUGCUUGUGAGGCGGAGGCCGCUGAACAGUGGGACUACGUCCUUGUGGCGGAUCAUCGCGCCCAGAGAGAGCCCCGGCUGGCCUCCCAGCAGCAGCGGUUCCUGGAGGAGCUCGGGAGCAAGGGCUUCCACCACAAGGUGUUGGAGGACCAGGAGAAGCUGUACUUUGGGAUGCGAGCCGACAACAGCAUCUUUGACCUCUACCGCACGCUUCUCAGGGAGCCUGAGGAGUUUGCUCCGAGAGCGGAGCUGGCCAGGCCAACUCCCGUCCCAGCCACCACCAGGAUCCGAAUUGUCAACUUUGUCCUGAACAGCCAGACGGCAGGUGGGGACACAUUCCAGGAUUUGGUGAAGGCUGGGGUCUUUGAGGCCGGGUUCCCCCUACACAAGGGGGAGGAAGACCUAAAGAGGAAAUGGGCCCAGUGGACAAACAUGUUCCAAGAGCAGCCAAUCGAUGACAUCAGGAACUACUUUGGUGAGAAGGUGGCCCUGUACUUCGCCUGGCUCGGCUGGUACACCUACAUGCUGGUGCCCGCUGCCGCGGUGGGCCUCAUCAUCUUUCUGAGUGGGUUUUCCCUGUUCCACGCCAGCCAGAUCAGCAAGGAGAUCUGCGAGGCCCACGACAUCUACAUGUGCCCUCGCGGCGACCACAGCCGCAGGUACCGGCGGCUCUCGGAAACCUGCACCUUUGCCAAGCUUACCCACCUUUUCGACAACGAGGGCACCGUGCUGUUUGCCAUCUUCAUGGCUUUGUGGGCCACCGUGUUCCUGGAGAUCUGGAAGCGCCAGCGCGCCCGCGUGGUCCUGCACUGGGACCUGUACGGCUGGGACGAGGACCAGGAGGAGAUGGCGCUCGAGCUCAUCAACUGCCCUGACUCCCAGCCGCGCCUGCACCAGCACUCGUACGUGCGGAGCGGCAUCAUCUUCCUCCUGACCCUGUUGAUGAUCUGCCUCAUGAUUGGCAUGGCCCACGUCCUGGUGGUCUACCGUGUCCUGGCUGCUGCCCUCUUCAACUCGGCCUUGCCCUUCCUGGAGGAGCAGGUGACCACGGCCGUGGUGGUGACCGGGGCCCUGGUGCACUAUGUGACCAUCCUCGUCAUGACCAAGAUCAACAAGUGUGUGGCCCUGAAGCUUUGCGACUUUGAGAAGCCCAGGACCUUCUCAGAGCGAGAGAGCAAGUUCACCAUCAGGUUCUUCACUCUGCAGUUCUUUGCCCAUUUCUCCUCCCUCAUCUACAUCGCCUUCAUCCUGGGCAGGAUCAAUGGUCACCCUGGCAAGUCCGUGCGCCUGGCGGGGCUGUGGAAGCUGGAGGAGUGCCAUCUCAGCGGCUGCAUGAUGGACCUGUUCGUGCAGAUGGCCAUUAUCAUGGGUCUGAAACAGACGCUCAGCAACUGCAUGGAGUACCUGCGCCCGUGGCUGGCCCACAAGUGGCGCUCGAUGCAGGCUACCGUGUCCCGGGACCCUGAGCUGAGGCGCUGGCAGCACAACUACCUCCUCAACCCGGUCAACACCUUCAGCCUGUUCGAUGAGUUCAUGGAGAUGAUGAUCCAGUAUGGCUUCACCACCAUCUUCGUGGCUGCCUUCCCGCUUGCCCCGCUGCUCGCGCUCUUCAGCAACCUCGUGGAGAUCCGCCUGGAUGCCAUCAAGAUGGUCAGGUUGCAGCGGCGCCUGGUGCCACGCAAGGCCAAGGACAUUGGGACCUGGCUGCAGGUGCUGGAGAUCAUCGGCGUGCUGGCGGUCAUUGCCAACGGGAUGGUCAUCGCCUUCACAUCUGAGUUCAUCCCCCGAAUCGUGUACAAGCACCGCUAUGGCCCCUGCCGACAGGGGGCCCAGCCUGCUAUCGACUGCCUCACAGGCUACGUCAACCACAGUCUGUCCGUGUUCUUCACCAAGGACUUCCAGGACCCUGUCCAGACAGAGGGCGAGAACGUGACCGAGUGCAGGUACCGGGACUAUGGCACCACUCAGGACUCCAACCUCACGGAGCAGUCCUGGGUCCUCCUGGCCAUCCGCCUGGCCUUCCUUAUCCUCUUCGAGCACGUGGCCUUGUGCAUCAAGCUCAUUGCUGCUUGGUUUGUGCCCGACACCCCUCAGUCGGUGAAAAACAAGGUCCUAGAGGAGAAGUACCAGAGACUCCGGGAGAAGAUGUGGUGA